UCUCAAAGAUGUAUGGAGGAUAACGAUGCGUUCCUCUGGGAAAUUAACCAGGACCGACCGAAGGAAUAUGCUGUUUCCAUGUAUGACGCAUUUGGAAAGAUGGGUAGCAAUGUUAAAGGAGGUAAUGUCAACCGGCCUGGCUUGCUGCAGCUGUGUCGCUCUGCCCAUGCUCCUACCUUCUCUGGACAGUACUGCCAGGUGUUCCUUAGACAGGGAACAGUCCAGUACUUUGUGGGUGUUUGUGUUCCUGACUCCUGUGAAGAAGAGGAGGUGCAAAUGCUGGUGCUGUACGGGAGACUACAGUUUAGUCAGACGUCCCUCAUUCCCCCUUUACCUCCCAUCCUGGUCAAUCAGUCCACUCAGGAGAUGAUCAUGACUCACUGUUUGUCUGACACCAUUGCCCCUGAUGCAUCAGAUGUCACCUGCCUGUUUGUGUGUUGUGUAAUGGUAGCAAUUCCUCUUGCGGCUACCCUGUUUACAGCUAUGAUGAGAUGGCAACAGAAAAAAGAGGUCAAACCAACAGUAGAGUCAUUCUGUUUAAACACUGGCCUCAACCUUUAUGGGACCCUGAAGACCAACGGCUCCUCCAGCGAAAUUAAUAGUAGCACUUUAGAGGAAAAUGGUAAGCACACGACACUGUGCUUUUCUCGAAGCUGUGUGUACCGGUACCUGCAGGUGUUCUCUCUACAAACUACCACCCAGGGCAUCUUUAGCACCUCCUCAUCCAUCCCAGGAGGAGGCUACUCCUGCCUGAAUGGCAUCCGUGUUCUCAGCCUGCUGUGGAUCAUAUGUGGACACUCUGCACAGUUCCCUGUAAUAAACAACCUCGAUAACUACAAAAACUGGAAGAACACAGUUGAAAGCAGCCCUCUGUAUGUGCUUACCAUCAGCGGACCUGUGUUUCUGGCUGUAGACACCUUUUUACUGCUCGGGGGUCUGCUUAGUGCAAGGUCUCUGCUGGGCUCCAUCAACAGAGCUGAAGACAACCUGAGCACCAGUUUGGUGGCCAACUACCUCUUCAAGAGGAUUAAAAGGAUUCAACCACUGCAUAUGUUUAUUAUGAGUCUAACCAUUGGCCUUAUCUCUCUGGUCCAGUGGGGACCCUACUGGUUCCCAUUUAUAGAUACAGUGAUGGAUUGUAAGACUUACUGGUGGGCUAACUUACUAUUGAUAGGCAAUCUCCUCCCAGUCCACGAGAUAUGUAUUCCUUGGACUUGGUACCUAUCUCUGGACUUCCAGUGUUAUGCCACCACUCCUUUGUUGGUCUAUUUUUACAGACUAAACAGAGGUGUGUUUGCAGUUGUUUCUGGAGGUCUUCUGCUGAUGACCACUGUGACCAGUGCUGUUAUAACUGCACUUCUACAGCUGCCAGUCUUUCAACCGUCUACACUGAAAUCUGAGAAUUAUGUCUUAUAUUACUAUGUGAAACCCUACACAAGAUAUGGGCCAUUUUUAAUAGGUGUCUUGACUGGAAUAUACUUGACAACAAAGAAGCAUCAGCUGUUAAAGCAAAAGUGGCAGGCAAUACUUGGUUGGUUCUGCUGUUUGUCACUCAUGGCUGUGUUGGUUGGAUUGGCAUACAUCCUGAGGGAAACCCCAGCCUACCCAUCUGUGCCUCAUGCCCUCUACCAGGGACUGCACAGACAGCUCUGGGCUCUGGCUGUUACCUGGAUCAUACUGGCUUGUGAGGAGGGUUACGGAGGUUUUAUCAAGAGCCUGUUGUCAUUGGGUUUCUGGGUUCCUCUUUCCAACAUCAGUUUUGCCUGCUAUCUGACACAUCCUGUCUUCAUCAUCCUCUACAUUGGCUUGCAAGAGACCCCACUCCACUACACAGACAUCAACUUUAUGUACUUGUUCCUUGGCCACCUGGUGCUUACGCUGGUGAUCAGCUAUGUGUUAACUGUGCUGGUGGAGAAGCCCUACCUCCUCCUAAAAUGGACUAGUACAUAG